AUGGUUCAAUUGCCGACGCAAAGCAGGCGUGUCAGCGUGCGGCGGAAAGAAACAGACGUGGCGCAGAUCCUGGCGCUUAUUUGCGGCCUCCCGCAAAUCCUGCCGUGGAACAUUCAAGGAUUCGUGUUGCAGCGCUACGACACUGCUACGACGGCGAGUCAGCUGAGCUUCUUGACCGACACGGAGUCAAGCUGCAG